CAGGGAAUGGGGUCUUCUCCAGCCUGGAAGCGAGUCACCCCAAGGUCCCCCCGGAACCCAUCAGCCACAAGGAACCCAUCAUUACCCUCAAGGAUGAUGUGCCGAAGGAAGAUGCUAGCGGGGGGGUUACAGGUGGAGGAUUGCCAGAUCUCCAAAGCCUUGUUGAUGGCACCUUAAAGGGUCCAUACACAUCUAUACAAUGUAGAAGCAUCCGCAUUGGGUCAUACAAGGUCAUGCCUAAAGAGAGGGUAUUGAUUGUGCCUCAAGGUCUUCGCCUAAAGCUUCCCACAGUUAUUGAAGAUACCAGUGAACCAGUAUCAUUUGACAUUCCAAUUAAAAGUAUUGUGAAAAUCCUGGUUCAUUUUGGGAGAUCAUUACCUGUUCUCUUUAUAUAUGUGAGACCUUCCACAGCUGCGAAUAUCAGAAGAAUAUUAAAAAUGUCAGACAGAAAUGGAUUUUACUUUGAUCCUUGCAGUUACGAUGAGUCACAAAAGCGCAUCACAAUCCUCCCUGACAAGAUGUCAGAGGAGACAAAGUCGCUAGUGAAGGAGAUCCUGAGCGCAUCAAACCCCAAGCCUAAUGGUGGGCUUGGAACAAGCACGACUUCAGUGGAUAUUGGGGCCAACCUGUAUGAGGAGCUUGACCAGAAGGAGGCCAACGAGAUCCUGGUCAGGUCUUCACCCAUGGAGGUGCAGAGCUUGAUAAAGAAGGCACCUGUCACAUCUGGUGCUAAUGAGACCAAGACAUUGCUCAUAUACCCACCGCCACCGCAGAAGGGAGGAAUAUCUAUCACGACAGAUGACUACUGCUGCCUUGAGGAAGAGCAAUUUCUCAAUGAUGUUAUCAUUGAUUUCUACCUCAAAUGGCUACUCCAAAGCAAACUGCCAGAGAUUCACCGCAGCCACACACAUGUCUUCUCAACAUUCUUCUACAAACGGCUUACCUCAAAACCUAAGAGGGGCCGGAGACCCCAUACCACAGAGGAUGAUCCCAAGCUCUCCCCAGCAGAGAAACGACAUGCGAGGGUCAAGUCCUGGACAAAAAAUGUUGAUAUCUUUGAAAAGGAUUUCAUCAUCAUUCCUAUUAAUGAACAUGCCCAUUGGUUUCUGGCAAUAAUAUGCUUCCCCGGCUUAGAUUCCCCAAUCAGAAUCUGUGAUGGCCAGCCUGUGGCACGGCCACUAUCUGACAAACCCAAGCGACGUAGAUCUACUAGGCCCAAAAACAGAAUUGAGAUCCCUAUCAUUGAUGAUGGUGAGUGGAGCGAUCGGGAUGAGGCUGAGGGAGAGGAGGAUGAACUUGAGGAGGAUGAGGAAGAGGAGGAUCUCCCAGCCUCCAAGAAGAACAAGCUGGAGGCAGGCAAGGCUGAAGAGGCACAGGGGCCCAAGGAAGCAGCCACCCCACCACCUGCUAUUAAGCAGCCCUGCAUCCUGAUAUUCGAUUCCCUGACUGGUGCCAAUCGUUCACGCAUCGUGGCAACCUUGAGGGACUACCUGGCUGUGGAGCACAAGAUCAGGCGAGGCAGCGAGAAGCUCUUCAGCAGAGACACAAUGAAGGGUGCCUGCCCUCGUGUCCCCCAGCAGAUGAACUACUCUGACUGUGGGAUUUACACGCUGCAAUUUGCUGAGAGUUUUUUUGAGCACCCAUUGAAAGACUACACCUUCCCCAUCCGCUCUCUCACGGAGUGGUUCCCCCACGAGGUGGUCAGGGGAAAGCGGGAAGCCAUGGCAAAGCUGAUUCGAAACCUCAUGGAGCAGCACAACCCCAACCACAGCUCCAUCACUCUCCCAGACAUCUACUUCAGCUCCGAUGACAAGAAGGACAAAGGAGGGACAAGCACAGCCCAUGCCAGUGAUGCCUCCCAGGCCCAGAAAGAGGUGUCAGGUCAGGGGAAACCAGGUGACAGCAAGACCCCAGAUGUGCAGCUGAAGAAGGAGCAAGAGAGGGUCAUCAUUAAGGAUGGCGUUCUAACCCAAGCUGAUGGAGUGGGAAGAGAACAAAACCACAGGAUGGAGAUGUCCAGCAGUGCUGAAGUAGUCACUACUCUCCCAAGCAGUGACAGCACUGCCUGUAUCAAGGUGAAUAGAGUGACGCCCUCAAAGAUAACACCUACAAAGUCCCCCACCAUCAGUCCAGCCACGUCCAAGUCCCCCUCCAGUUACACACCAGUGAAAACGUUACCAAAUUCUAGUAGUAUAAGCCAAGUGAACUCAGUGAAAUUUCAAGGCACAUCUUACUCACAAGCAAAAGGUAUACCAACAUCAAGAGUAGGUGAUGCAACAAUUGUACAAGAAACACAAUCUCCUCAGGUGAACAAUGUGAGAAGACAGGUGGUGUACUCGAGUGAUGAUGCCAUUUUCCCAGUCAAAGUUGAUCAAAAAAAAGUUCCUAUGAGAGAGAGCAAUUCAGCGCAGCUCAGCGAAACACACCAGGGCACAGAGGUCAGUGUAAGUAAGAUGUCAGCACUCACUUUGCUUCAGUCAGUAUACAGUGAUGAUGAAAGUGUAACAAGUAACAAGAUGAUGGGGGUCCAGUAUGAUGGCAGUAACUGUUUAAAUCAGGUGAAGUCUGGGCCCAGUGUAGUGAAAGGUAAUGAAAAAGUGGCUGUGCCAGAAAUGAAUGGUGCAAUGGAACAGGUGGCAAGGGAGAAAAUUCAGACGUCGGUGCAGAAUGUGGUAAGUGUUGUAAAUGGUACAGUUCAUAGUGACCUGAAAGGUAACCACAUCAUGCAGGUGUCUCCCAAUAAAAGUCUCCCCAUGCAGUCUCCUGUUCGUAAAUGUAUUGACACCCCCCAGGUCCUGCAUUCCCAUCCUCAGGCCAAAAACUUUCCAGCUGCCAGUCAGUACGUAUCAAAUGUAAAUACUUCCAAUAUAACAGUUCAGAACAUAAAUAACACAAAGACAGCUUUCCCAUGUAGUCCAGUUACAAAAUCUCAUCCCCACUCUAUGGCUCCUUCUCCACAGUCCAAGAAAGUAGAGUCAGUGAUGACAGGCAGCCUUGGUGUGGACAAGGUGGGGAACCCGGUGAAGGCAGUUGAGUCCUCUGGCCAGACAGCCAUCAUUGAUGAGGACACGGCUGAGGUGCUACUCAUCAUGCCUGCCAAGAACCAAACAUCUGGCCAGAUUCCUCGGACUGCCAAGAAGCAACUAGAGAACUCUUCGCCAGAGGACGACAGCAUCACAAUAGAGGAAGGCCCAGGUUUUGGGGGCUAUGUGACAGCAGACCGUAGGCCCAUGAAGAACAGCGUAUCGUCUGGAAUGCCAAAGAUGGGUGCUGUAGGAGGGGGGCAUGAGCGAAGUGACAUCAGACGCACUAGUGGUGCAUUUGGCACUUCACCACCACACUCUGGGUCUUCCUCUCCCACACAUGCUGGGGGCACUGGCACUCCUGCUGUGUUUAGGUUCAGUGAGCGUGGCACAUCUUCAGGCAGGACUAUUGCUCCUCCAAAGCGUUACCUUGAUGAGGAAGAUGAGUUAUAUCCAAAAAAACGACGUGAUAAAACAGUACAAGGCAAAGCGCGUAGUAUCGUCAGAUAAGUCUUAGGCGCGUUUGCAGAAAUUAGUGAAUAUUACAAGUUUUUAGAAUAAAUUGUGAUGGUGAGCUUUCAGUUCAUACUGGAAGAAUGUCAUGAUUAUCAAAAAUAAAUAUUAUUUUUUCAAGAGAACAAAAGAGAAAAGAAAAAAAUCUGUUGUAAAUAUUCCUGAUUAGUGUCUUUUUUUUUUA